AUGUGGUUGGGUGGGUGGGAUGGUGAUAUUGUGCUGUUUGAGUACUCGGAGGAGCACCCGUUGCUACUACCGAACGUGGGAAUGGCCAGCAAAGUCAUCAACUAUUACAAGAAAAAAGGGAACGAGGGCCGUCCCAAAUUCAAGCACGGGAUCUGCGUUGUGUUUGGCAAAAACGACACCACAAAGCAUCUGUUCCUGGGCAAUCUGCGUGAGGGCACUAUGUUGCAGAGUUUGAGCAGUAAACUGCUGCGCGUGCCCAUCUACCGUCACCGCCCAUUCUCAACGGACUUUCUGAUCAUCCGCUCCAAAAACAAAUUCCACAUCCGAGAUAUACCCGCUAUCUUUGUCACAGGCCAAAUCCUGCCGAAAGUCGAGAUCCCGCCACCGAACUCACGCAAAACCAAUAACUUCACAGCCAGGCGGUUAGAGGUGUACAUUUGGCGACUGUUCAAGAACCAGAAGGAUAAAAAAGAGAAGAAGGUGAAGAUCGAGGAUAUAAAGGCUGCCUUCCCCAUCCACUCCGAGACCAGUAUUCGGAAAAAGCUGAAGGUGUUCCUAAAAGAUGUUCCUGAAAUUUGUUUCUAA